GCAGUUUAAACUGUUUAACUGCGCCUCCUUCCUCCUCUUCAUCGCUAUGACAUCAUUUAUGUUCGUACUUGGAUUAAUAAGAGAUGAAGGAAAAAUCCAAGAACGCGGCGAAGACGAGGCGGGAGAAGGAGAACGGGGAGUUCUACGAGCUGGCCAAGCUGCUACCUCUGCCGGCGGCCAUCACCUCCCAGCUGGACAAAGCCUCCAUCAUCCGGCUGACCAGCAGCUACCUGAAGAUGAGGGCGGUCUUCCCCGAAGGUCUGGGUGACGGUUGGGGGGAGACAUCAAGCUCCUGUUCUCUGGACAGCGUGGCAAAAGACCUCGGUGCUCACCUUUUACAAACCCUGGAUGGUUUUGUGUUUGUCGUUGCUUCUGAUGGAAAAAUCAUUUACAUCUCAGAGACAGCAUCAGUCCACCUCGGCCUGUCCCAGGUGGAGUUAACAGGAAACAGCAUAUUCGAGUAUGUUCAUCCUUCAGACCACGACGAGAUGACAACCGUUCUUUGUCUUGGCAAACCACAGCGACAUCAUUUCUCCCACGAGUUUGAAAUUGAGCGCUCCUUCUUCCUGAGGAUGAAGUGUGUUCUGGCAAAGCGAAAUGCAGGACUGACAUGUGGAGGAUAUAAGGUCAUCCACUGCAGCGGUUACUUGAAGCUGCGGCAGUACGUGAUGGACAUGGCGCUGUAUGAGUCCUGCUAUCAGACUGUGGGUCUGGUGGCCGUCGGUCACUCCCUGCCCCCCAGUGGGAUCACUGAGAUCAAACUCCACAGCAACAUGUUCAUGUUCCGGGCCAGCCUGGACUUGAAGCUCAUCUUUUUGGACAUGAAGGUGGCUGAGCUGACAGGCUACGAGCCUCAAGACCUGAUCGAAAAGACUCUGUACCACCAUGUUCACACCUGUGAUGUCUUUCAUCUACGCUAUGCUCACCAUUUAUUACUGGUGAAAGGCCAGGUCACCACCAAAUAUUACCGCUUGCUGUCAAAGCAUGGAGGCUGGGUGUGGGUGCAAAGUUACGCCACCAUCGUCCACAACAGCCGCUCCUCCAGACCUCACUGCAUCGUCAGCGUGAACUACGUUCUCACGGACGUGGAAUGUAAGGAGCUGCAGCUGUCUCGUGACCAGAUCCGUACCUGCAAGUACAUGUACCAGGCUUUCUCUCUGGAGCACCAUAGACAGGCCAGAACCAAGGCAGUCAAAAUGAAGAACAGAAUCAGAGAAGCUCCGUAUCCAGAGGUGCAUUGGAAGGAAAAAUCUCCAUGUUUGAUGACAACUGGUGGCAAGAGAAGCUCCAACUUGCCCCUUAAAGCAGCUCAGAUCUCCUACAGCCCAGCGUACCACCUGAACCUGCAGUAUCCCUACAACCACCAGCGGCCGGAUCCUCAGAGCCAGAUUACAUACUCAACCACCUCUUCUCAAUUCUCCCAAAAAAUCUUUGGCUCUCUACAUGAAUCUCUUGGAUGGAACUUCAACAGCUACAAAGGUCUCGACCUGACAGCUGAGCAAAGAUACGCCUUUGAUUGUUCCAGCGGCAGAAGCCAUCCUACUGCCGGCAACCUGAAGCAAGAACCCUGUGAUCCUUUCAAAUCUCUCAGUAAGGACCCCAAUGUCUGUUAUUCUCACCGAUCUCCUUCCAUCAAGGACAGAGAACGCCUAAACCAGCAGAUCGGACAUAAAACAGGAGUCGAUCCGGAGCUUAGCGGUGAUCGGUUGAAUGGCGUGGACCAUUCUCAGGCCGCACAAAUGGAGCAGAGAAGAAGACUCUCUAUGACAGAGAACCCCAACAGCCACCAUGUUGUAAGAUAUCCACCCCCAAUAAAUACCCUGCAUCAGUUUGGAGCUGUUGCUAAGCUACAGGACAGGCCGGCCGAGAGAGACGAACAGACUUUGACUCACGCUGGGGAAAUAGGAGUACACCGAACUCAGAGCACGCUCUUUAACUUCCAGCAAACUUUGGGCAAACAGCGCUCUGUUAAAGUGAACCCUUUCAACAGCUGUUCAGCAGAUGCUAGCGGUUACCACGGCAAAGACACGACCUCUUACCGCUGCCAUAGCACCGGAACUUGCUCAUCCCCCGAGAUCCACAGAGAGGCCCCGCACUACAGCGGCACUUCUGUCAUCAUUACAAACGAGAGGUGACCGACGGUGGACGAGCCCCAAAUCCUUUUUAUUUAUGAUUCAUUUUGAACAUUUUCUUUUUUGGAUUUCAAGCUCAAACUAACCUUUUGGAACACAUCAUAUAAAAAGUCAGAACCUCUUUUAAUCCUAAAAAAAUAGACAUUUUGAUUGAAAUAAUUUUUGACAAAUAGUUUUUUUUUUCAGAUUGGCUGAUGUAAAUACAUUUUGCAGAUGAUGUACUUGAACGGUUCAACAAAAAAAUUUAAGAUUAAUCAGAUUAACACCACAAACCAACGGUGGUGCAUGAAUAUCUGUUGCCCUUUCACUUUAAUUUUCUCACUUCUUUGGCGUCUGUGAAAUGAAAACUGUUUUAAGUGAAGACCCACAUCUGCUGACAAGGUCUCCUCCUGAUUUUUUUUACGUUUUUUUUUUUAAUUUCAAAUUUUAAGAUUCUCUCUGACAGGAAACAUACCGAAUCAAAGCAAGAUUAUUUUCAAAGCAAAAGGAAUAUGGAAUGAUAAUUUGGACUGGAAUUUGAUAAAUAAUUUAUCAUGACAUCUGAACAUCCUAAUGAGGUCAAAGUAUAAAUUUGUUCACCCUUUUUCUCUUCUGAUGGCUUUAGUGUUUUCGAUCCAAAAAGUCAAACCAUUUUGGCUCCAGAAGUACCUUAAUUUAGCAUCUACAUGAAAGCAAAAACAUUAGUGAAAUUUUUUUUCCUAACUAGAAAUAAAUUCAGGCACUAAAAGGUUAAUGAAAAUUUAAAUCCAUACAUAUUGACAUAGGAAAUUAAAUAAAUAAAGUCAAAAAUGAAGCCAGCCAGCAUUUAGCAGGGCUGCUUGGUUUUUAGUCUUUAUUUAUUGCCUCUGUAUGUUGGAUGAACUUUUUUGUCUUCAUGUCAAAAGGUGUUUUUAAGAAAGAAAAAAAAAACACACCAUAAUAUUCAAACUGGUUUUUGUUGACGAUUUGCCUAAUAAUUAUUUGCAACAAUAAAGAGUAAAAUGUGUUGAAACAAUGUUCUCAUUUUGUUAAAACCGUUUUUACCAUCUGUUUAAAGUCACUUGAUGGAUGCAGAAACAAAUUACUUUCACUGGAGUUACACUUUUGGUCACACGUUUCCUUUAAAUAAUAAAAUUAGGUAAGAGAUUAGAUUUUUUUCCCCCCUUACUUUUAUGAAAGGAGAAUGAUCCCUAACUAUUUUGAAAACCCUUUAAGACAUUGUACAAAUUAACUUUAAAGACGCACUCUUUGACGUUGGUGUUUUUUACACCAUUUUUCUGAUGAUAGAGGACAACAACCUAGGUUAAACAUUGCAUUUCUGAAUAUUUCUUGGUUCAAAUUGUUAUAAAUCUGGAAAAGAGCGGGUUUGUUACAUAGAAAAUACGCUGGGCGGGUCUCAAGCCUUCUGUUCCGCUCCAAUCUAACCCAUCGCACUUGUAGACAAAUGGAUCCAUGUAUGUCUUUGUUUUUCUUGUCUGAGCUGGAAUCUGGAUCAAAACUGUACGGCUGGAUAGCUAAAAACUUCAAUAUUUUGUUGCACCUUUAAUGUAAAGUUGGGGGUGAGAGAGGCUGUAAGCUAGCAGGAGAGCGUUUAAACAGAUGGAUGACGGAAAGGGGGAUGGGAUUGCUCCUUACCCAUCAACUACUGUUGCUCUGCCAAAACUAUGUCCUAGAAAACUGCAUAAUCAAAAACUGCAUAAUCAUAAAUAAUAUCAAUUAUAAUAUCACUGGAAAGGCUUUUAAAAUACACGAUAGGAGUGGGGCUUUAAAAUGUAAAAAACAUUUUUCUCCAAAACAACUUGUCACCUAGUUCAUUUUUGUGCGACAAAUAAACUGUCAAAUAUAGGAGGGGAUUUAAUUUAAAGAAGUUAAAAUAAAGUUGAAAGUAAAGCA